GUGAAUGUCUAGGAAAAGAUUGGCACAACAGAAUUAAAUCCGAGAACAAGUGGUGAAGCACGACGACGAUUGCUUCCUCCGAUCAGUCAUGCCAACUGGCGAUUGCUUCCAUUGUCAUCAGCCAGGUCACUGGGCCAACAACUGUCCUCUCAAAACCACUACGGAGCCCGCCUCCUCCGCUUCGCCGCCGGUCAUUCACUGCCCCUGCAACGGCGGACCUUGCAACAUUUUUACUUCUAAAACUGGGAAAAACCCAAACAGGAGAUUCUACAAAUGCCCAAUCCCAAGCUGUGGAUUUUUCAAAUGGUGUGAUGAAGUGAGUAUCAUCAAACCGGAGUCAAUCUCUGUUCACCCUACUUGCGCUUGUGGCGCUGGACCUUGUAGAAGAGUAACAUUCAUCGAUGGACCAAACGCUCAACGUUCUUACUUUGUUUGCUGCCUUAAGAAGAAUUUUGGGGCUUGUGGAUUCUUUCAGUGGGAGGAUGAGUUUGAAAAUGAUGUUAGUUUCCUGUUACACGAGACUAGUUUGGAUUCUGAUGGUAAUGUAAAAAAGAGUAGACUUGGAGUGGUGGUUGAAACAGAUUUGAAUCCAAGUUCAUCUACUGAGGCUACUCUUGGAAACAGAGUUGUUGAUAGAAUUGCACAGCCUGUGAAAGAUACUCUUCCAGUCACUAUGGGAAAAGAAUCAAUUCCGGUUUUCGCAGGUUUCAACAACCGCAAACCGGUCUACAAUGGCGUAUUUGCCUCUGCAGAUGGCAGAAACCGAGGCACUGUCCCUUCAUUUGAUUUGAUUACAUUAUAUGAAGAUGCGGUUCACCUUGAGACGGACGAGCAAGUACUUCCUUCACUUGCCCCUAUACACGUUGACCCUCAAGUAGAGUCUUUGCGUAGUGAACUUUUCGGAUUUAACGGUAAAUCGAGUUAUGCAUCGGAGGACAAAACUGGCGAUUCAGUUUCGAAUGGCAAAACCAAUCCUAACCAUAGACAUCAACCAGAGCAUCAAUCUACUAUAUCUUAUGAAACCGGAGCCUCGUUUUCAGGUAGCUUCUCCUUGAUGGACCUCAUUGAGCAAUAUAACUCAGAAAAGCUCUAUUUCAAGAGUGUUUCUUUGAAAUAUGUUGAUGCAUUGACUGCCUUUACGGGUUCGUACAAGCAAUUAGAGUCACUUCGUGAUAGAGCACGUAGUCUCAAGAAAGUUAGCAAGCAAAGGGGUUUCACAGCUCCGUAGAUAAGAAAAUGAAGAUGAGGAUGGACUUGAAUGUUUAUAUAAUAUGUACAACUAUAUAGACUGAAGAUGAUGUAUGGUUCUGUAAAACUUAUGUACUAUUAUUUAGGGCUAAGCAUUUU